AUGGUUUGGGCCAAUACCACGGACAUUGGAUGUGGGGUUGCAUACUGUUCACAACACAGAAAUACGUUUAUCGUGUGUAACUAUGGUCCAGGCGGUAACUGGAAUAGACAAAAACCGUAUGAAGUGAAAUCGCGUGAUUUAUGUUCUGGAGUACAAAGCUUUGAUCAGCACCAUAACAAGCCAUCACAUACUAAAGAAAAAGCUCCAAUUCGCCGUCGAAAGUCUCUGCGGUAUUCUAAAAAAGUCUCUAAGAAAAGGUAUUCAAAUAAUCGUAGACGUCGGAUUGGUAAUGCUCACUGA